GCGUCAACCUUGUCUGUGUCAUCAUCGGUUAAACUGACCCCCUUUCGCUGCCAUUACGAUGCCCCUGUUCCUCCGGCGGGCCACUUGCCAUCAAAAUUCACUUCAUCACAAAAUUAAAUUCAAACUAUAAAGUAUUAUCCUCAUCUCAAACGCCAUCAAUAACAUACCAUUCACCCUUAAUUGCCAUGACCUUCAACAUUAUAAUUUUGUCACUCUUCUUCUUCAUCGGCUUCCUCCUCAAUUCUUCUUCUGCUCAAGUCAUAGGUCGUAAUGAGCUUUACCCUCAGUGCUCCACCCGCGGUAAUUUCACUGCCAAUAGUACCUUCGACUCUAACCUCAAAACUUUCUUUUCUUCCUUAACUUCCAACAAAACCGCCAACCUCAAAUUCUACAACACCACCGUUGGCCGCGGCGGCGAGACCGUAUACGGCCUCUUCAUGUGCCGGGGUGACGUCGGCAACCAAGACGUAUGCCGCCAGUGCGUAGCUGACUCAACCCUAGAGGUAGGUUCCGUGUGCCCAUUUUCGAAGGAGGCCGUAACCUGGCGCGACCUGUGCUUGGUUCGCUAUUCCGAUCGCAACUUCUUCUCCACCGUCAAUACGAGGCCUAGACUCCGAAUGUUGAACCCUAACAAUGUCUCGAAUCAGUCAGGAUUCAUGAACGUAUUGACGUUUAUUAUGAACCAGUCGGCGGAUGAGGCUUCCAAGUCUGCUGUGAUGAAGAAGAAGUUUAAGAUGAAUGCGGUGGCGGUAGAGUUUCAAACUCUGUACGUUCUGGUUCAGUGCACGCCGGACCUUUCGUCGGCGGAUUGCAGAAGGUGUCUGAGCGGAGUGAUUGGGGACUUUAGAUGGUGUUGUGAUGGGAAGAUCGGAGGAAGAGUGGUAUAUCCAAGUUGCCUCGCUCGUUAUGAGUUGUAUCGGUUCUUUAAUUCUUCUACGCCUGUUCCGCCAGUAACGCUGUCGCCUCCUCCGGCUCUACUUUCUCCUCCAAAUCCUGUAAAAAGGAAAAGGCGAUUGAGGACUAUUUUGAUAGCUGUGGCUUCUCCUGUUGGUGCUAUGAUACUUUUAUGCUUCGCCUACUAUUUAUCAAAGAAUCAGAUAAAGAAGAUACGUAUGGCUUUUCUCAUGCGAAAGUACUUUGGAAGCGAAAGCAACACUUUAGAGCCUCUGCAAUUCAGUUUGGCUACGAUUGAAGCAGCGACAAAUAAGUUUUCAAAGCAAACUAGUUUAGGUCGGGGUGGAUUUGGAGAAGUUUACAAGGGCAUUCUUUCAAAUGGCCAAGAGAUAGCGGUAAAAAGACUUUCAAAAAGUUCUGGCCAGGGAGCAGAAGAAUUUAAGAAUGAAGUUUUGCUAAUAGCCACGCUCCAGCAUAGAAAUCUGGUGGCCCUGCUAGGAUUUUGCAUAGAAGAGCAAGAGAAAAUUCUCAUUUAUGAAUAUGUUCCCAACAGAAGUCUUGAUUACUUCCUUUUUGGUUCUCAAGAAAGCAAAGUGUUAAAUUGGGAGGAACGUCACAAAAUUAUUGGAGGAGUUGCUAGAGGAAUUCUUUACCUUCAUGACUAUUCUCGAGUCAAAAUUAUACAUCGUGAUCUCAAACCCAGUAAUAUUUUGCUAGAUGAUGAAAUGAAUCCAAAAAUUUCAGAUUUUGGCAUGGCUAGGAUGGUUGGAUUCAAUGACAUCGAAGGAAGUACAAAUAAAAUUGUUGGAACAUAUGGUUAUAUGUCUCCAGAAUAUGCAAUGUUUGGACAAUAUUCUGAAAAAUCAGAUGCUUUUAGCUUUGGAGUGAUAGUAUUAGAAGUUAUUAGUGGAAAGAAGAUCACAAGUUCUCCUGAUCAAUCUCAUGGCCUCCUAAACUAUGCUUGGAAUCAAUGGAAGGAAGAAAAGAUCUUAGAGAUACUGGAUUCAAAUCUAAAUGAAUCUGAAUCGUUGAAUGAAGUGAACAAGUGCAUCCAAAUCGGGUUGUUAUGUGUUCAAGAAAAUCCAGAAGCAAGGCCUUCUAUGGCUACAGUUGUUUCAUAUCUUAGCAAUGAUUCAAUUCAAUUGCCAUUUCCCCAAGAACCUGCUUUCUUUCUGGAGGGCCAAAUGGAGCUUAAUACCGACAGUAAAGAAUCAAUUAAUGAAAUGUCUAUAAGUGAAUUCUAUCCUCGGUAGUACGAGGCUUUUAUUUCAUCUUGUCCUUGCCACCAAGACUCAAUUUGGUACCUUGUUAAUCAGAGAACAAGUAUUUUUAUGUUAUUGUACCCAAAUGACGAGAUUCAACAUAAAUGGUAAUGUUGAUAUUAUUAUUCAAUAAUAUAUUUUCCAAUAAAAGGGCGAUGAUUAAAAUAA